UACGUAGCGCUCGGACCGGAGCCGGUGCUCGCCGGGGUGGGGCGCUGAGAGCGUCCGGUCCGGUCCCAGCGCCGGAACCGCGCCGCGGUGCCGCGCGUGAAGGCGGCCGUGCCGCGUUGCUGUCGGCGGCGCUCCGCUGUUGCCCGCGAGGCGGCUGCGUCGGUAGCUCCCGAUGGCGGAGGGCGAGCCCUCUGACCGCGCUAGGCGUUGAGGACCGGACCCGGCGUGUUUGCGUUAUGAGCCGUCACGGGUUGCUGGCUGCUCCCGUCUGCUGCUGUGCCAGGACACGUCGCAUUCACGGUUUGAGCUUGUGUCUUAAAGGGCGUGGAAGAAACUGUUUUCCGUCUUUCCUGCAUUGGAACCAGCUGGAUUCAGCAAGCAGAGACACUCAGCUCUGUGGCAUAGACCACAUUUUCUGCUGGAAAUAGGCAACUGCAAAAAUGUGUUCUCUGAGGCCCGGGAACUGAAGAUACAUAGGACAAUGCACAGUGUAUACCCUGAUGACAUUUUGUGUGCUGUCACAUGGUUUUUGCCAUGGCAUCUGAGACUGAAAAGGCCCAUGCUCUUCUCCAGACUUUCAGUGCAGCUUCAGUCAUUUCUAGUCUAGGUUUGGGAAUAUUCUGCUUUGUAGCAGACAGGCUUCUGCAGUUUUCCUUCAUUCAGCAGAAUGACUGGCUCCGAGCCUUGUCUGAUAAUGCAGUGCAUGGUGUACUAGGAAUGUGGUCCUGGGCCAUAGUGAUUGGACUCAGGAAGAAAAGUGACUUCACUGAAGUUACACUGGCUGGCUUCCUUGCCUCUGUCAUUGACGUCGACCACUUCUUACUUGCUGGCUCCCUGUCAUUAAAGGCUGCUCUGAGUCUUCCCCGGAGACCACUUCUUCAUUGUUCUACUGUGAUUCCUGUUGUGACUCUGACAUUAAAGCUUAUUAUGCACCUUUUCAGGCUUAAGGACUCAUGGUGCUUUCUUCCUUGGAUGUUGUUUAUAUCCUGGACUUCUCAUCAUGUCCGUGACGGGAUUCGUCAUGGCCUCUGGAUCUGCCCCUUUGGAAAAACUCCUCCUUUGCCAUAUUGGCUCUAUGUGGCAAUUACAGCAUCUUUACCUCAUCUAUGCUCAUUUGUUAUGUAUUUAACAGGAACAAGAGAAUUAAUGUCUAUAAAACAUGGAAUCCACAUUGACGUGUAAGGAUGAUGUAUCUUAGUCUUCUGUAACACACUUGAAACAGACUUGUCACUGGAAUGAUUUCCUUAUGUUCCCUGUGAAUUCCAAGUCAGGCAUUUGAAGCCAGUUACGCUCUUAUGUCAAAUCCUUGUGACCACAGUAACCUAUUCCAUAAAUGGUAUUAACAUUUCAUAUCUGUACAUUCCCCUUGUAAAUUAUCUGGUCCAUAUAUAGCUAACUGAUUCAUAAAGUACUUAGUCUCACUGUUCUAAUUACAUUAUAUUUUGCUGGUGCCAUUCAUCUGAUCACCAUACAUUCUGGAUUUGGAGUCUGCCUCCAUUUCAUCUAGAUAGCAUUUGUAUAGCACUUUAAAAAUGUACUAUAUCAAUGCCAAGUACUUGAAUUUAGUAGUUUGUCGCACUUCUGAAAAGCACCAGUUAGGCUUUUGAAGUAAGUUAUUUGUUUUCCUGCUGGGCUGUUGUAUUCUGCAGUUUUAAAAGAAAUGCUAUUUGUAUUUCAAAAUAUGGAACUGUUGGUUUACACCUCUUUGAACACUAUUAUAGUACAGUGUUUAUACUAAAUUCUGUCCCACUGGAGUUGCUUGGUACCUAGUUUGCAGGCAGUUACUGGCUAAUGAUUAGAAAAGGAGAAGACAAUUUGGUUACAUUAUUUGGUGUGUCAACUGAAGUGCUUAAUUUAAAAUAUAUUAAUUAUGAAUAUUUAAAUUGGAGGUGCGGAAUUUUAGUAAAUAAGGAGUAUGUAAAGGCAAGCUUGUUUAUUACAGUAAAACAUAAGCUCUAGGGAAGAUUCUGGAAGUUGUAAGAAAAUAAAAAUUGCUUCAAAUUUUGAUUAAAGACCCUACUACUGUACAGCAUUUCCCGUUAGGUGCAGUAUCAGCCUUACUGCAAAAUAAAAUGCAUUAUUAUGCUGAAAUAGAAAUUUCCUCAUGAAUAAGUUUCUUAAAGAAAAAUAUGAGCGUGUUGCAGGUUGGUAGCACUGCCUAUGAUUAUGUAGCAGGUUCAUAACUUGACGCUGUGAGCUAUUCCAAGUAAAAGUUUUUUUAAUAAAAAAUGUCUCAAAGAAAAAGGUU